UUCAGUUUUGUACAACAAAUAGAAAGUAUUAUGAAUAAAGCCUGUCUAGCAGAAUUGAUGGGAUGCACGAUGAAUAUGUGCUUAAUGGGAUAUUUCGUUGUUAUGAACUGGAGUGCGUUCGAUAAGGCAAAAAUAUUAUCACAUUUUGUGGCAUACAUAACAGCGAGUAUAAAUAUAUUUAUAUUUUGUUACAUCGGUGAAAUCCUCACGGAAGAGUGUGAAAAAAUUGGAGACAUAACAUAUAUGACUAAUUGGUAUAGACUGCCUCACAAAACAGCGCUUGGUCUCAUUUUGAUAAUCAAGCAAUCGAGUCACAUUAUCAAGAUAACUGCGGGAAAAAUAGUUCUGUUAUCCAUAUCAACCUUCGGUGACGUAAGUAACACACAUACUACAGUUAUUGACGUCGAAUAUAAAAUUUUUAUAAAAUUUACUUUCUUAUCGUUCAUAAAUUGUUAUAAUAAUUGUACAUAAUAACUUCACGAUUUAAUCUGAUACAAUAUACUGUAUCAAAACAAGUUUCAACAACCUAAUAAUUUAUUGUACAUUUUGUUGUUAGCAAAAAAAACAAAGCCAUUUCGUCAUUUCAGGUAAUCAAAACUUCCACGGCAUAUUUAAAUUUCUUACGAACGAUGACCAAAUAAAACGUAGAGAGGCUUAGUUAUAAAACACAUGUAUGGAAUAUCUUCCAAAUAGAAUAGAUGUUAAAUAAACACGCUUAAUAAUUAUUAUGGUAUAACAGAAUUUUCUACGAUUAAUUUCUUGAAAGUACAAAUAGUAUUCCUCACAAAUUCCCUGAAACUAAAGAAAUUAAAACCAAAUACUUUACGAAACGUACAUGCAUAGCCACAAAAAAAAAUACUAUCGUAUUCCUCUCCAAACGUGGUCUUUAACAAGCAUGUCGAGUACAUUACAAAAAAUUGCUAAAAUAUAAUACA